AGCCUUUUCAUACCAGAAAAGUGUUUACAACUUGAAGCUUUCCCUCUUUUCUCCCCAUCGCCCAAAACUCUCUAACGCACCUAAAUCGAUGUAAAAUAACACAGCUAGUUCGCUAAUUCCAAAAAGAUGCCGAAGCGUUCCAGUGUUACUGAGAUGGUCCAGGCGGCCAUGCCUUCCAACAUGAGUAAGGCUAUUGGCCGCGUCGCAGAAGGCCGCGAGCUGCGUGCCGUCCGCAGAGAAAGCCAGAAAGCUGGCGCUUCCGCCUUGGCUGGUCAAAAGUUAAGGCUUCCCCAAAUUCAUCUUCAGCAGCAUCUUUGAAACAUAAAUUUGAUGGAAAAAAAGGCCAAAGAUGCGCUUAAAGACGAAUAAAGGGAAGAUCUAAAAAAGGCGCGCAUAAAAUCCUUAUGGCAACACGUAGGAAGCCACGCCCUACAGGCUCAGGGAAUGGAGGAAGACGUCACAGAGAAGAUGAUCUUCUGGAGCGUCUAUAAAAAGGAAUUUGCGAAGGAAGCAAGGUAUAAUCUAUAUAGGUAGGGCUUUAUUGUUAUUGAGGAGGUUGUUCGCAGAUACCUAUCUAUGUAGGGCUUUAUAUUGAGCACGUUGUUCGCAGACGGGCUUAGAUGUUGUGUUGUAGGGUCGUUUAGAUGCGCAGGAGUUUAUUUCUCGAGAGUGAAGAUAAAGACUAAGAGCCGAGUCACUAUUUUUACCACCCUUCAAAUAUAAAUCAAACAGGUACGACCGUUGGAAAAUGUUUACCUACAUCGAUGCGGCCACAGCCAGAAUUUGUUGCGACCCGCUGUUGUACUUGCAUUUACUCGGCUACUGGUUGCUCCGUGUCGGGUUCCAUUACAAGGUCAUCACCCUUCCGGAAAAGGACAUUCAGGAGUUUACCAUGGGCUCCGAGUUGAAGGUUGUGGCAGGUUUUGCUGCUAUUUUCUAUCUGAACUUCACGGUGUCUCGUUUUUUCGAUGUUUUCUGGACUAUGCACGGUUUGUCGAGGGAGCUGUACACGACGGUCAGCACCUUCUGCAGCUGCUUGUCCCUGCAAUGGACUGAUCAGGAAAGUGCGCGCGAGCCCUACGAACUGUGUCGACGUGUGUACGGCUACACUAUUUGUGCGUAUGUUUGUUCCUUUGCCGAUUUUGGCAGUGAAACCGAACGCGAGACCAGUGUGCUGCCGUUUAUCAAAGCCCGCAACUUGAUUUUCGAUCCCGAAGAAGCCUUGCAGUUUGAAAGUCGAUUGUUUCAAGGCCAAGAAUUGCUUGAGGGCAGGCAAGUGAACGUUGGAGGCAACAACAAAGGAAGCAGAGCAGGAGGGUUGCCACAUUUGUCGGAAUUGGAAGAGGGUGAUAUUCGGAUCAGUCAAGCGGGUGUAAGCAGUUCCGACUUAGGAGGGGGUCCGAAAAUACAAAAGAUGACUGGACUGCAGAAACGCCGCUUAUAUAGCUGCUUUUACUGUGAGAAGAGAAUAGGAAAAACGCCGAAUAUUAAGGCUUGGAAGUUGGCCUCUGCUCUUUCUCUAUGAGUAUCUGAAUCCAUCUAUGUAGUACGGCUUUUUCAAGUGCUAGGAGUGAAGCCAUACAUCAGAUAUGCGAUAGCGAGAAAGGAGAUAGUGUCAACUUGCGGCCCCUAAGAAUGGAAGCAGUGCGGAGAACAACAGUCCUGCAGAUGCGUCUUCCUACGUAGCUGAUGCCGAGGCGAGAAGGGCCAAAGCUGCGGGGAUGAAAAAAUCCGCGGCCCUGAUGCGAGCGCUGCAGAGCACGAACGAAAGUGUGGAUCCGAUGCAGAAUCAACUGGAUUCUGGCAACGCAGGAAGUGGCGUGGGUUUGCCGAGCGGCGCCACGCUGCUUUCUCCGGUCGGUGCGGCGUCCCGCACGGCCAUUCAGCAGUAUGGGAUCGACGUGGUAGACGACUUGUUGACGCAAAGUGUGGACGCGGAGCGAGCCUGUGGUCAAAUGGUCUACCGUCUGAAGUGUCAGGUCGCGGCUGCUUUGAGGCGUGGAUGGAUCUCGCCACCUCAAGGGGCGUCUUUAACAGCACGAAUCUCGAACGCACAGGAGUUGAGCAUGAAACUCUCGAACUACCGAGAGGCUGUUCUGCCCUACCAGUUUUUGCACUUUCUCGUUUGCUCUUUGUAUUUGGUGACCAUGUUGACCGUGGUCGAGGCUUCUGUGAAAGAUUCGCAGACAGUCAUGUCUUUGACUGGCGAACUCCAGCCGAGUGGUCUGUACGAAACUUUCCCCUACAAAUUGGCAGGAUUCUUGGUCCUAUACUUUUUCUUACGGUUUACUCUACUCAUGUAUUCAUCUUUGAAAGCAUGA